UUUGCAGAACCAGAUAGGCGUAGAGCAGCAUCAUGACAUAUAGCGAUAUCCACCUCCCCCUGCGUAGGUCGAAACUCCCGCCUAACACAGAACGCCCAUUCCAACGACCAAACCCAUCCCACAAUCUCAACUCCUCUCCUAACAUAUCCGCAGCGGCUUUCAUAGCCCUAGACUGGACCCUCCUAACCCUCGCCCUAAUCCCCAUCACCAUCCGCCUCUCCCUCCGAACCCGAAACCGUGGCCUCCACACCCCAUCCGCCAACCUAGCCGACACCUUCGUAAUCCUCGCCUGGCUCUCCGGGUGCGUACUAAUCAGCAUAAACACCUGGAAAAACACGCUACGAAUGCAGUACCUCUCCGCGCCCCCAGCCUCACUCUACUACGGCGUCCCACCCCACCUCUCAGCUCACCUCCUCCACAUAUCCUGGCUCUCACUCUUCUUCAUCUACACCAGCCUGUGGAGCGCUAAGGCUGCUUUCUUAGCCUUCUACUACUCCAUCUUCAGCCUGCAGGGGCGGCGCGCGCAGAUCGCCCUGUUCGCCGCUUGUCUGUUCACCCUCGCUACGUUCCUGCUGCACAUGCUCCUCAUCGCGUUCUGGUGCUCGCCUGUGUCUGCGAACUGGGCGCCGCCGCCUGGUGGGCGUCUUUGCUCGGCUGUGCAUUCCAUGGCCAGCGUCACGAUCUCCACGCUGGCGAAUGUCGCGACUGAUUUGGUGAUCUUGGGGAUUCCCAUAUCCACGCUGGCGGCGACGCAGCUUGGGAGCAGAGAGCGCGCGGGACUGGUCUUUGUGUUUGUUAUGAGUGGUAUUUCUAUUGUCGCGGCUUUGGUCCGGUUUGUGUGUCUUAAACUUGUGCAGGAGACGCCUAGGGCGUCUAUUACGCAUACGAUUGAUGUGUGGGCGUUGGUGGAGAUUGUGUCGUCGAUUUUGGCGGUUUGUCUGCCGUGUAUGCGCACGUUUGUGAGGCGGAAUAGGGGUUUGGGGCUGGCGAAGGGGUCGAAAGCGGGUAAGGGCGUGGCAGAUAGCAUUGAGAGUGUGGGGGAGAGAAGGGCGCGGGGCGAGAUGGAUGAGAACGGAGUGUAGAGAGGAAGACUGGAAUGUAAGAGUUUGUGUGAAUGUUCUGUAGGAAGG